AUGGGUAACAUAACCGGUACCUGCCAUGACAAUGAGACCAUCGAAUUUUUCUACAACAACAGUGGGAAAGCCAUUAAUACUGAAUGGAAAAAGCGUGACUAUGUUAUUGUCGCGCUGGGCUUGAUUGUUUGCUUCAUUGUUAUUUUUUCCAACUUUUUGGUAGUAGCAGCCAUUUUCAAAAACAGACGGUUUCACUUUCCCAUCUACUACUUGUUGGGUAAUAUGGCUUUGGCAGACCUUUUUGCAGGUUUUGCGUAUCUCCACAUGAUGUUUCAUACUGGUCCUUGGACUAUAAAGCUAUCACUGAACCAGUGGUUUACUCGUCAGGGGUUGAUAAAUACCAGCCUGACAGCCUCAGUCCUCAACCUCCUAUUCGUGGCUGUGGAGCGCCACCAGACUAUCUUCAACGUCCAGCUACACAGCAGCAUGAGCACUCGGCGUGUUUUCAUAGUUGUGCUGUUAAUUUGGCUGGUGGCAAUAAUCAUGGGCCUGGUUCCCCAAAUGGGUUGGAACUGCAUGUGCCAUCUAAGUGAAUGCUCCACCAUGGCACCGCUGUACCACCGCAGCUUCCUGAUAUUCUGGGCUGUUCUUAACUUGAUGACCUUCUCCAUCAUGGUGGCCGUAUAUACCCGGAUCUUUCUCUAUGUGAGGCACAAGGGCAGGCAGAUGUCACAGCACACCUCGACGACGAGACAGAGAGAAACCAUGAUGAACCUGAUGAAGACAGUCUCCAUGAUCCUGGGAUGCUUUGUGGUCUGCUGGACACCCGCACUGGUUGUACUGCUGCUCGAUGGUCUGAACUAUGACAAGAGUUUGGUGCUAGGCCUCGAGAAAUACUGUCUGGUGCUGGCAGAGUGCAACUCCUUCGUCAACCCCAUCAUCUACUGCUUCAGGGACCAAGACAUGAGGAGGACCUUCAAGGAGAUCCUGUGCUGCAAAUGGUCUCAGAGGCACAAGAACAGAGGCUUCUCUGAAGUUAAAUUUCACACCGUGGAGCAAGAGAACGGUAAGUCUCGUAUCCCCGAGGCGAAAGAGAGGAGCAACGGGGCGCCUCUCAUCCGUGCCAGCUCAGAGGACAUCCCUGCAAGUCCGAUUAACUGA